UUCAAUGCUUUUUGAGGUUAUAUGUGAUAAUUCCUAUAUAAAAUCUGUAAAUUUAUUUAUUAUAUGAAGGAAUUUAUGUAAUUUCAUGAGGACACAAUUUGUGUGAUUUUAAUUUUAAAUUUAUUACAUUUUUUAUAUUUAUUUUUUCUAGACUUAUGUAGUGAUAAAUAUUGUGAGAAAAUAGAGUAUGAAUUAUUUACUUUUUUGUACAUUCUUAUAACAUUUGCAUAAAAAUGUUAUAUUAACAUUGAGUGAUGUAUAGUAACAAUUAAGGAAUCGUAAUUUUUAUAUUUAUACAUUUUUUUUUUGUUUUGUUUUUUUAUUAUGAAAAGACGUCAAAGAAGACCCAUCUUGGAUAUUGAUGGGGAACACUCGAAUUCUCCAGUUAGAUUUUCACAAGAAAUAUAUAAACAAAGUAGUAAUUUAAUUCCUGGAGAAAAUGGAUCUAAUCCAUUGAAAGGAUUAUUAGGACAAUAUAAUUCAGAUAGUGAAACGGACGAUGUUCAACAAACUUCAAAUAAGUUGGACGAUAAAGUCAAUGAUUUUUUCAAGGAAAUUCAAUCGAUAGCUCCUGAAAAUUCUAUUGCUCCUCCUAAGGAUCAUAUUAAAGGAAAAUCAUAUUCUAUUCAACCAGAAAUGCCUUGGCAAGAAUGUUUUGAUGAGUCUACCGGCUAUCCAUAUUAUUGGCACACCAAUACAAAUCAAGUAACUUGGGAAAUGCCACCUGAAUAUAGAUUAUGGAAGGAAAAGAAGCAAAUGACCGUUAAUCAACAACAUAAUUUACAUGUGGGUCAUUGGCCUGGAGUUUCAUCAAAUAGUGAAAUACCUGAGGGUAUGAUACCAAAGGAAGUUGUUGCCCGAAAUAGAAACAGACAAGCAGGAAUUCAGGAAAAUCAAGUUCCACUUAAUACAAAACAACUUGAUACCUCUAUACCUCCACAUUUACGAGACGAUGAUUCCGAUGACGGAAAAAUUGAAAUGAUAACUUCCUUUGGAAAUGAAGAGAGCGAAGAAAGUGAAUCCGAUAGUCAUGUCGAAGAGAUCGCCGAAAGUAAACCGAAGAAAGUGCAUCAUCGUAAACCCUCGGAUUAUUCCAGUAGAGAGAGAAAUAAUGAAGUAAAAUCAAGUUCACAAUCAAUUGAAAUUGGCCCCAGUCUUCCGCCUGAAAUGCAAGAAAAAAUUUCAGGUAAAAAUUCAUCAUUUUCCUCGUCAAUUGAAAAUUUUCUUUCAACAAAAUCAUCAUCAUCAACAACUAAAAGUGUCUCUUCAAUAAAUUCAGAGUCGUCAAACGGCACCGAAGAAGAUAUAUUAAGACGUUUGAAAAAUCAAGCUAAACUAUUACAAUCAAUGGAGAAAAAUACAGAGUCUAAUUCCAGGGGUGGAUCACCAUUUGAGACAGAACAUAAUAAGAAUAAAAUACAAAAUGAAUCGGAAAAAUCACAAACACAAAGUGAAUUAAAAGUAUCAUUGGUACCUGGUUAUGAGGAUGAUUCCGAUAAUGAUGAAGAAAUUCCACCAGCUAGUGAAAUUAAACCUUUAUUUCCAAUUGUCGAAUAUGAAACUGAUAAACCAACGAUAAAAAUAGCGAACGAUGGAAUUGUGAAAAAAGUCGAAACAAGACAAACGGAAACGGGUUGUAUUCGUAUUUUUGAAUAUCGUAAUGUUGAAACCGAAAAAACCGAUACAACAGAUAUUGAAACUAAAGAAUUGAAUAAAGAAAUUGACAAUGUUGAUAAUUCGGAAUCGGAAUCGCGAAUUAAUCAACCCUCACAAGACAUAGUAAAGGUUAAUAAAUUUUUGGAAAAUUUAGAAACACCUACAAAAGCUUUUCAGAGAAAGAAAAGAAUAGCGUUUGAUGUUUUGCCAAAUCGACCAAAAGUGGUAGAAACUCAAGAAUUACCAAGUACAGAGGAGUCACAAACAGCAAAUACAAAUAAUGAGAGCGAUAGAUUUGGUUUUGGAUUCCAAAAAGAAAAGGAGGAAGUAACUGAGACCGAAUCUAUGGAAAUUAAACCAGAAGUUCCAGUAAAAAGUGAAAAAGAAUUAAUUAGUUUUGUGAAAGGUGAAACUAUAAACAAUAGCACAAAAUCAACAGAUGAAGUGAAAAGUAUACCAGCUGCUGAAAAUAAAGAAUUCAAAUAUUUGACUGAAAUGAUUUCGGAAAAAUUGAAAUUCUUAUCUGAAGGAUGUCAAAUGGCGUCGGCUGUUCAAAUUAUGGCGAUUCAACUUCAAACACUAUUAGAGGCAUGGGAGAGUGGGGACCUGAAACAAACGUAUCUCCAUCAAUGGUUAACAACAACGGGACGAGAAUUGAGUCGAUUAGAGCAAACAGCAGCACCACCAGGAUGGGAAUGUCAGUGGGAUAGAUCGCAUAAACGGUACUAUUAUCGGAAUGCGGCAACUGGUGCAGCCCAAUGGACUUAUCCAGAAAUGGACGUUAUCGGAGGUACCGAGGAAAUGGAAUUAUGCACAACACCACCACCUGAACAGGAGGAACCUAUUAUUGAGAGGGACGUGGAAUUAAAUCAAAAGAAUUCAACAACUGAGGAUAAUGAGAAAAAAGUUUCCCCAGAUGUGGAAGAAGAAAUCACUAAGGAUUCAAAUUCCAGUGAUAUUAAAGUUCCUCCACCGCCACAAAUUUCUAAUCCAAGUCCACCACCACCUCCCAGAAUUUAUGCUGAAGAUUUAAAGAGAGGACAGAAGCGAAAAAAUAGUCAAGACAACGAUUUGGAUAAUAAAAAAGAGAAAGUAGAACAAGCUCCACCACUUCCGGAUGCGACUGUUGAAACAUCUCAACCUCCUUUGCCACCAUCGCCGCCGAAAGUUAUUAAAUCCAAUGAACCUCUUCCACCGGGAGUUGAUCCACCUGAAAUACCUUAUGCAUUGCCAGCGACAGUUCUUGAAUCUGGUGUUUUAUACGCAGCCACUCCACAUCAAACGAAUCCAAUUUAUGCUGCGACAAUGGGAAAUGCCAUUUUAACGCAUCACACUGCACUUAUGCAAGGACAAUUAUUACAUUAUCCUGCAUAUCAUUUGCAUAAUCAGGCGUUAGUAGCAGCUGCGAGUCGAUUAGGACAGGAGGGCGUUCAAUUUAUGAUGACGGAUUAUUCACAAAUUUAUGGCACUAAUCAAGUUAUUGCCAAACCACCUGUAAAAGCACAUCGUGAAUCUUUAGGAUCGGCCAUCGAUUCAUUCUACAAUGAUAUUGCUUCAAUAGAAAAUAGUAAUUUGGAAAGUGAACAACCUGAGAGACCAGAAAGCAAUUAUCCAGAAGCAGUUUCUUCUCCUGUACCUCAAAUGCAAUCCGAAGAGAAUCAAUCGACAAAUUCAGAUGUAAUGACAAAGGAAAAAAAGAAGAAAAAGACGAAACUCGGAGUUGGAAAGAAGCAAAAAGAAAUGUCAAGUAUGGUGGCAAAAUGGCAACGUGUACAACAGAAUUAUGGAAACGCGAGUUGAAUUGUGAAAAAUUAUAUAAUACGUAAGUUAAUCGACUAAAAUAUCAAUUCUUAACAACAAAAAAAAACAUCCUUUAGAAAAAAUAAAAUUUGUUUUACAAUAA